AUGUCCACAUCCACCUCCACCUCGAAUGCUACCCCCUUAAAUCCUAGAAUUAAGCUUAAUCCAUCUGGAGCUACUGGUUCUGGUCAACGGACAUAUACUGGCAAACAUCCUCCCCCUGGUCAUAGCAGUCGCUCCAAUGGUUCUGGCACGAACGCGCGACCCCCGCCAUUGCCGUCUCCUACCCCUACGGUCUCUGGCGGGAAUGCUGUGAAUGGGGGAGGGGUUAAUGGUGUGAAUACAAACUCUGCCGGGACUCGGAUAUCGGAACGACGGAGGACCAAUAAGGCUGGAGGCCCCGGAAAGCUGAAAGGAGGAAAUAUUGAUGGUCGGGCGAAGGGGGCCGGUGGAGGUAAUGAGCCGGAGAGUGCUCCCCGGCCGACAAAGGUAGGAACAUCUUGCAGAUAUAUAGGCGGUAUUUUGUGUGGAGCGAUUCUAGUUAGUGUUUUGAAUUUGCUGAUUAUGAGCUUGGGCUAGAAACUUCCGACAAAACCAUACGUGAAUACAACAUCCGUAAUCCUCCAGAAGUAUCAAGGCCAGCCUCCGAGUAUAGUUUUACAUUUACAUCCUCAGCACUUCCGCUUCGAUGGCCAGGACGGUGGAUUUGGUUAUGCGAGCCCAAUGAGGGUAUGGUACAUCUCUUUCACUGCGUUGAGAUUUUUCUCUCGUCUUCGGCAGAAAUUCUUCCGAAAGACAUUGGGGUUAACUGUCGUGUUUGUCCUAACCUAGGUAAUACUGGAAUGCCUACGGUCUGAGAUAAUACCGCACGAAGUAGUCGAAGAGUUUAGAGAUGCCGGAACAAAGUUCUACGAUGGUAGGUCUUGGGUCAUAUAUAGUUGGCCGGUACACGGUUAACGGACCAUACCAGGCUGCUUGAUUGUGCAAAUACAUGAUCAUCGUUCCACCUCAACGGCAUCUUCUUCGAAGGCAAAUGAUAAUAAGGCCAUUCCGCAUUCGAUUCAUAACUAUAGUGAAUCCCUCACCCCGUCCCCUUUUGUCCCCUUUCCUAAGGAGAAGCUUGAACGCGGUGCGGCCGGCGGACACCCUACGGCAUCGCAGGGGCAGGCGGUCGGGAGUGACAAAAAAGAUGCCUCUCUCCCUUCGGAGGCUAAGGCUAAGGAUAAGGAAAAAGACCCGAAGACGGAAAAAAAAAUUAGGAUCUUCACCACGGUUCUCCAUCCCACGCAAUUGACCUUGCACGCAGAUAUGGCUGUUAUGGCGUCAACACCGGUUCCAUCACGGCUGAAUUCGUAUUCGCGGCCGCAGCAGUCAAGUUCUACACUUGCUACGCCGACAUCCGCUUCCAUGCCCAUACCACCUACACCAACCGGGUUGACUAUCAACACAUCUCCUGGAUGUCUGAGCACAAAGACAAUACUCAAUGAUAGGACUGCCCUGAGUUUUGAGGCGGCUGCCCUAUUAGCUACAUCGCCAGCUUUGGUCCUUACCCCCGCCAAGGAUCCUGAGCAUGCACAAGCGAUUCUCCGCGCGCUCAGGAAUCCUCAUAACUCAUUUCCCAUGCCCCCCCCCCAAGUCCCGGAAGAGGACGACAGCUGAGCUUGCAGCAGAUGAGGCGCAGGCUGUCCAGGAAGAAAGGCUACUCCUGAUUAUGGAUGAGCGCCACUCGGGACAUACUUCUUUGGCCCCGGAGUCAGCCGUUGGUGAUGGAGCUAAUGUUGGUAACGGGUUUGAGCCUGACUUUAAGAAGUUCAAAUUGAUCGAGAGCAUUAGGACUCGGUUAGAUGAGGAAAGAAGAGUAAAGAUGAUCGAGAAGGAAAGACUCCAGCGGCAGGAGCUUGAGCAACGCAGGAAGCGGGAAGAGCUUGAGGCUACCCGGAGGUUGGCUGCAAGCCGAGCUUCUCAGCAUGGCAGUCCCGUGUUGGCACAGGGGUCUGCUGUUGGUGCCGCAACAACUGCAACCCAAGUAAGCGGAACUACCGCCACUGCCCGUCCUGGAAGUUCUGGAUCGGUACAAAGCCAGUCAGGACAACCGGUUAACAACCUGAGGCUACAAUCGCAGCAGCACUUGCAGCGUCCGCAGGCACAGCAGCAGCAGCAACAAGUUCAGCAGCAGCAACAGGCCCAAGCUCAAGCGCAGCAGCAGCAAGCUCAGCAGACCCAACAAGCUCAACAAGCACAGCAGGCCCAGCAAACGCAGCAGCAAGCGCAACAGCAGCAAGCGCAACAGGCCCAGCAAGCGCAGCAACAAGCGCAGCAACAACAGGCCCAGCAGGCUCAACAGCAAGCGCAACAGCAAGCUCAACAGCAGGCUCAACAGCAGGCUCAACAGCAGGCUCAACAGCAGGCCCAACAACAGCAGGUGCAGCAAGCACACCUUGGCGGUCAACAGCAGCAAAACGUUCAGCACACCGGCCAGCAGCAGAUUAGUAUGGCCCAACAGUCGCAAUUGCAGCAUCAUGCUAUGUCACAACCAGGCGCGAACACUGCGGUUCCGGUGACUGCAGCUCAAUAUAAUCAUGUGCAACAACAACAACAACAGCGGAUACUGUCUCAACAGCACGCCCAGCAGAAUAGCCAGUCGCCAAGACCACACCACCAGUCACCACAUCUUACCCAGCAAUCACCGCAUCUCACUCAACAGUCACCACACCUUACCCAACAAUCCCCCCAUCUUCAGCAUAGCUCGCCACGCACAUUCCAACAGCAACAGAUGCUUCAGAUGCAGCAACUUCAGCACCAACAACAGCAACAGCUUGCGCCCCAACAUCUUCAGGGUGGAGGCAUGAACAAUACAAGCGUGAACGGUGCGCAUGCCACGAUGGUCGGGAAGACUGUGAACGCCAGUUUUCGACAAGGGAAUCCCGUCCGGCGGCAACAACCUCCUCCACAAGGGCACCAAUUUCAAGAUUUCGGCGGCUUUGCUUUAGGUAAUGGGAUUCCAAUGAACGGAGGGAUGCACCAACUUCCCCCCGGAAUGACUGCGCAGAUGCCUCAGGGGAUGAGCCAGAAUAUGAUUGUUAACAUGGUGAGGAAUGGCACUCAAGGGAUGGGGAUGGGUAGAGGAGCGAGCAGGCCGUAAAUAGGGCUUCGGUUGAGGUGGGCUAAGGGUUGGAGGAGCACUUUAUGGAGGAGCACUUGUUAUACUAUUUUUUCCUCUUCAGUUUAUGAGCUUGGGAUUGGCUCCCUCGCUGCUCUUGCUACUGAACCCCCUCCCCCACUUUUUUCCCCUCCUCACUUUUUUUCUUUUCCUUUUCUUCAUUGGUUUGGUUUAACAUGAGAGUUCUUGGUAAAGUUUCCUUUUCUGUCUUGUUGGGCGCGGGACGGUAUUGCGUUAUUUUGACUUUCCUUUGUUUCAUUUUUGUCCCUUUCUUAUAUUGGGAGGCGUCUUUUGUCAGGAAAUCUCUGUGCUUGUUUGUUCCGUUGAUCCCUUUUCUCUGCUGGUCUAGUUUUUUAGUGUUGUUAGGGUAUUUCUAUUUCAAUUUUUGUUUCCCUUCCCUCCCUCCACUAUCCCCACCUUCUGUUUUUUUCUUCUUCGUUUCUUGGAAAUAAUUUGUUAGAGAUCUGGGAAGGAAGGGAAGGGGAAUGGUGUUCACAGGGUUUCCCAGCUAAUGAUUUGGAACAGUGACGUAUAUACGUAAUGACAAAGUAUAUAUACCGGC